AUGAUACAUUUUUCUAUUGAACAACUUAUUACUUUGUUGAUAAAUAUGAGUUAAGUUGAUCAAAAAUGGGAUAUAUUCAACUUUGAAAGUACAAAUGUAUUUCUUUCAAAGGAAAUCAGUGAAUUAUAUGAUAGUCUAAAAUAAAUACAUCUGUUUCUACUUUAAACUUCAGAAAAUUUUUUUGAGCAAAAUUCAAGUGAAAUUCUUUUAAAACUAACACGAAAUAUUGAGUUUUUUAAAAAAUUUGAAAAUCUAAACGCUGUUGGAAUAGCUUAUAAUAAUAUUGGAUAUAUAUUGCUUUCAUAAGAACUCUAUAUGCAAUCUUUAGAGUCGUUUUAAUAGUCUAUAAUAUAUGCAAAAUAUGAAAUUUAAUAAUUUUUAAGGCAAAAUCCAUCUUCUUAAUAUGCUUAAAUCCUAGAACAGGUUUCUUUCAAUUCUUAAGUUUCAACUCAAAUUCAAAAGAGCAACUUUCAAGAUAAAUAAAAAGAAACAAGUUAAAAUUAAUAAGGAAUCCUGAUUACAUCAUCUUUAAAGGAAAAGAGAUAAAUAUAAGAUGAUAUUAAAAUCACCACAAACCAAAACAAAUUAAAUUUAAUAAGUUGUGGAAAGUAUGAAAAUGAAGGAAAUUACAGCUAAAUAGUUACCAAAUCUCCAUCAACUUCACCUUUUUAAAGAUUAGAUAAAUAGCCACAUUUGAAAAGCAAAAUGAAUUAGAAUGAUGAAAUUGAUUCAAAAUAUUAUACAAGUAAUAAUAAUAUAAAUAACAAUAAAGCUGAUGAACAUUUUGAGUAUGUUGAUAAGAUGUUAUAGUCUCUCUAUCAAAGAAAAAAGAAUUAUAUUUAUGCUCUUCUUUAGUUUUAAGAGAAUUAAUAAUAAACUGAAAAAUAUUGUCUAAAGUAUAACUUUUGGAAAGAAAUAAAGAUUUUAAUGAAAGAAUUAAUUAAUCUGCCAUAAAUUUCUUAGCUUUUUGCAAAAAAUAAAAUAGUGAUGAAUGCUCUUACAGCAAAAUGCUAAUAUUAUCUUUAAAACUACAAAAAAGCAAAUUCAAUUCUUAUAGGAUGCGAAAACGAUAUUUUGAAGUAUAGAAUGCAAGAAAGAAGUAUAUAUUAAAAAAAACAAAAAAGAUUAUCAAAUUAUCAAGAAUCAACUUAUUACAAACCAGAAAUAAAUCUGCCAUCUUUUGCUUAAAAAAAUUAAAGUAGGUAAACUAUAGAUUAUGACUAUUUAAAUACAAGAAAGAAAUCUACAAUAAUAGAAUUAUCUAAUAUAAAAUCAAAAAAUAUUUCAAACACUCCUUUGUAGCUAAUAUUUUCUGAUGAUUAAAAUAGCCUAAUUUCACUUUCAAGUAAAGUUUAGAUUCCUUAUUCUAAAAAUCAAAUUUUUAGCUUGAAUCAUUCAACAAGUAAUUUAAAUCAAUUUGAUUGCAGCAACUCGCCUUCAAAACUAAAAUAAUAAAGAAGGAAAUCAAAAAAGCUUGAUUUAUUAGAAGGUGAUACUAGUGAUUUAUCGCUUUGGAAUUCUGAUGAAUUAGAAAAGGAUAUAGAUUAAAACCAAAAUAGAUUUAAAUAUUUUGUAAAUGUAAAAAAGUUAAAUAAAUUCAGUAAUUAAAAUUUAAUUUAAAAUAAAUUUAAUAUGUAUCUGCAAUAAAGAUUUUCAUUUAAUAGCACAACACAAUAUCCUCAAAGUUAUAAUUCAAAGCAAGUAGAUGCAUAAAAUAUAUCUAACAAUAAGAAAAAAGAGUCAAAAUAAUCUAUACUAUUUAAAUAAUAAAUUAAAUAAAGCAGUAUAGUCAUAAAUGAGAAUAAUAUUGAAUAGCUGUUUACAAUUUUAAGAAAAUAUGAAAAAGAUUAUUAAGAUAAUACUUAAAUUGAAAAAUUUACCUCUCUCGAAAAUAUAGAUUGCAUGUUUAAUUACUGUAAAGCUGAGUUUCUCUUUUCUGAAAAAAGAUUUUUAGAAUCAGGGUUAAUUUUGGUAGAUCUUUUUGAAACAAAGUAGAAUUUUAUGUCUUAAAUACGCUACAAGAUCACCUUCUUAAUGAAGUAGGUUUUGGAUAAAUUAAAAAUCAACAACGAAGAGUUUAAUUAAUUUUAUUGUAAAUUCAAUCCUAACAUCACAACUCAAAUAGUCAUGAUAUAUUGCUAGCCUCUUGAAAUUAAAUAAAUUUUAGAAACCACUUAGCUUUUAAGCAAUUUAAUAAAUACCACUCUUACAAAUGAGAAAGAUUAAAUUUAAAUAUUAUUUUCAGAUAGAGAAAUGAAAACAAUCACUACUUAUUUAUCAUUGAUAAAAAUCAGUAAAAUAAAAAGUUUAAUAAAAUAUAUUGUUUAAGAUAUUAUAGAAAUAUUGACAAGAUAGCAUUCAUCAAAAGAAUUAAUAUUUUAAGCUAUUGAGCAAGUAGUUCAAAAUACAUAAAAAAAAUAUUCCAUUAACACAAUUUAAAAGUCAACAAAUAACGAAACUGUUCUUAAUUAGUAAUAAAAAUAAUCGUUUUAAAUAAGUAAUCAGUAAAACUAUAAAUAAAAAUAAUAAAAGUAGUAAGGAUAAGAUACAAGUUAAAAAUAAAACAAUAGCAGUACUAAUUUAGAAGGUGUAUAUUAGCAAUAAAAAGAAAAGUAAAAUUUUUCUAAUAAUCUCAAUAAAAUCAAUAUAUUUCAGUAAUAUAUUAAUAAUUUUAUUUAAAACGAUUUAGAAUUAAGUCAUAUUAAUACUUUCAACUUAAAAAAUAAUAAUAACUAUAAUUAAUGCAAAGAAGAUAAAUUUUAUUAAGAAAAUUAAAAUGGCUUUAGUAAAAAUAUUAAUUUAUCAAAUAUGAAAAAGAAUAACUAAAAAUGUGUUACUAGAUUAAAUUUAAGUGGAAAAAUUUUAAACAAUAAAGGUGAUGACACUUUUGAAAAUUCGAUUAGCAAUAUAUCAAACUCAUAAGAUUGCUUUUCAAAAAAAUCUGUAAACGAUGAUGUGUAAUUAAAUAAUAUAAAAAACCAAUAUUUCCAUACAUCAAUCAAAAAAGCAAUCAGUGAUUUACUUCUUUAAAAUAAAUUUACAUGCUAAUCUUAAAAAAAUAAAAGCUUUAGCUAAAAAUUAUAAACUUGUCUAUACACAUAAUAAUUUAUUAUUUUUUCAACAGAUGAAAUAAGCAUAAUCGAAGAUGCACAAUUUUUGAAUUUGUGUGAAGUAUUGAGAGAGUAUUACAUUUAGUUAAUUAUCUAUUCAAAUAAGAAAAGUAAUAAUUUUAUAGAAUGUAUGGAUGGUUAAGCUUUGGCUUAUAAAGGCAUUGAAAUAAUCAAAGUCUUUUAUUCUAAUUAAGAUGUUUAUGACUAUUUGAAGAAUUCAAGAGAUACUUACCAUAAGUAUAUAUAUCCUAUAGUUAUUUAACACUUUUGA